AUGCACGGAUAUGGGACACCACAGUUUGUCACCCUUGGGAUGUUUAUCAUCGAUGAAUUCUCUUUCCUCGAUGAUGACGGAAACCCGACGGGAAAAGAACUUGCUCCUCAGGAAAGCCUAACAACGCGAUUAUUGAACACCCUUAAGCUCCCUCCGGAUAAGAUUGGAAUGAUAGUUGAUAGAGGUAAUGACUGGCCAUCCGAUAUCCAAGAGGAACUCGAUAAAUAUGGCCACGAGAUGUGGAUGUAUCGCGAUCAGCUCUCAACGCGUACCACCCGCGCCCUCAAUUCUUAUAUGGGUGAUCACCGAAGUUUUGACUAUCUUACUACACGUAUUCGUAUCACACCUCGAGAUCUUCGAGGAACUAGGUUGGCGCGGGCGCCUACUAUUCAUUUCGUGUGCUCUCCCUCUCGAGCACAUUCCAUCGUGUCUGAGAUUCACGAGGAACCCAAAUGGCAUCCAACUACGAUUUGGGAGCCUAUUCCGGAUCGGUGCGUUCCAGAGGAGCUUCCGGCUCUAAUCAAAGUCCUGCCACAAAUCUCUGUCUUGAGUCCAAAUGCAGAAGAAGCGCUUACCGUGUUGUCUAUGGCGCUUCCACCGACUAAGAGUUCCAUAGAGGAGGCUGCACAAAAGUUCCUCGACUUUGGGGUUGGAAACAAGGGCAGGGGAUCUGUGAUAAUUCGCAGUGGUGAACUCGGGGCCUAUGUGGCCACGAGAGUUAAUGGCGGUAAAUGGAUCGACGCAUUCUGGACAGAUCAGGAUAAAGUCGUGGACGUGACUGGCGCAGGAAACAGCUUUCUUGGCGGGUUAGGGGCCGGCCUAUAUCUUGCCCAAGGGGAUGUAUAUCAAGCCACUCUCUAUGCAACCAUUUCAGCUGCCUUCGUUAUUGAACAAGAAGGCUUACCCCAGAUGUCCCAAGAGGUCGAUGAUAACGGUUCUACAAUUACCUUGUGGAACGGCGACUCGCCAGAACGGAGAUUACGUCUGUUGCAGGAUAGAUAA